AUGGCUUAUCGCAAGGCAAGGGUCAUCUUGACCACGAUUGGCAUCACCGUGCUAAUCGCCCUUAUUUUGAUGUUGGGGGGAAUCAUGAAUGGGAUGCGCAUCCAAGCGCAGCAAUACCCUAAAUUCACAGGAGCGGAUAUUUGGAUCUCCGCAGAAGGCUCCGGCAGCGCAUUUAUCGGUUUUUCACUGCUUGUCCCAGAACACCUUGCCUAUCUCGAUGGCGCACCGCCUUUGAAACCCCAAUCGUUGUCACCACUUGUUUUCGCACAUGCGCGACCUGUAAUUCGUGGAAAACUUGGCAAAGCGGUUGUUGUGGGAUACAAGGUGGGCAAAUUGGGGGGACCGACGCAGUUUGAGUUAACCGAGGGACGAAUGGUUACUGCUAGUGAAUAUGAGGGAUGGGCGGAAGCGGAUAUUCCACCACGUGAGGUUGUCGUCGAUGAAAAGAUGAAUCUCGAAAUCGGGGAACGGAUUUUGAUCGGGAACAAAGACCUCAAAGUGGUUGGAAAAGCAAAGAGCCUGAUGUUUGUUCUCGACACGCCGCUGCUGUUUAUGGAUCUUCGGACUGCACAGGAAGUGCUGCUUAAAAACUCACUUCACGUCAAUAUGAUGAUAGCUCAAGCAGCAGAAGGAUAUACGCCUGAAAAAGCCGCGAAGGAUCUCGAAAACUUCGAUGCAGAACUUAAAACGAUUGAUGUACGCACCCUUAAACAAACGCUUGGCGAUAUUAUUGCUACCUAUGUAGAUGAGCCGAUGAAGGCUGUUCAAUUUCUGCGGGUAAUGCUCUGGAUUGCCGCGGGGCUUAUCGUCGGAAUGAUCACCUACGUCACAACGCUCGAAAAGACACAAGAGAUUGGUGUCCUCAAAGCGAUAGGGGCGUCUAAUUUUUACAUUUCGUCGUUGAUAAUCAAGCAGGUUGUUCUGAUGUCGGUGGCCGGUGUUGUUUGUGGGCUGAUUUUGUCGUACAUCUUUGCUGUCGCUGCGCCAAUCUUCGUGUCAAUUCACCCGGUCGAAUCAGGCAUUGUCGUGCUUAUCAGCUUUGUUGUGUGUUGCGCCGGCGGUUACCUCGCUGCGCGAAAAGCGAUCGCCGUUGACCCAAUGGUCGCAUUUAGAGGUGAGGUCUAA